CGUACUAUUUCAUCAAUCAAUUAAUUUCAGUUGCUCGGGUCGUUGAGGUGGUCUAAGGAUAAAUAUUGAUAUUAAUUAUUUGUCAUUCUUGAUUAUAUCAAGAAAUUCAAGAUUGAAUCUUAUAUUAUUCAUUCAGGCAUCCUUCAAAUCAAAAUCUUAUAUGAGCUUGAAAGUUGAGCUGAUCAUAGCUUUGUGCAUCAAUUAAGAGUAUUAGUGUUGAAGGUUGGAUAUAUCAUGUAUGUGCGCAUAACCCCUACUAUGGUAAAGACAUAUAUGUAGAAUUAUUGUAGAAAAUAAGUCAUGCAUAUAAUAUUUUGCCUUAAUAUUGGAAGUUAAUUAUUAGAAUUGUACACACAUGCAGGACAUUUCAACCAAAAAUCUCGAUAUCAUAGUAAAAUAAAAAUCAAUUGAUAUAGAUAACUCGAGUUGUUAUAUGAUAAAUUCAAUACUGAAUACGGCAGCGUUAACAUAUCAUCUCGCCUAUUUUGUACACUACAAUAAAAUUUCAAUAUUAAAUUUUUUCCAAAACUAUAAAAAGAGAGCGUUUAUUAAAAAUUUAGUGGUACUUUAGAAACAAUCGAUCAUAAUAACUCGAGUUAUUCGAGAGAAUAAAUAUUAAAAUCACCCCCUAUUCAUCGUAACCAUAUAUAAUAAACCCUAGCUAACCAUCACCAAUUAUACAUCAAUUCCUCUCUCAUUCAAACGUUUUAUCAAUAUCACUAUGAUCACAACCGCACUCUCCGAGGCCUUCGGCCAAUACACCCUCAAACCCCACCAAAUAAUCCCUCUCGACUUCCACUCCGUCGACACCUUGCCGGAAACCCACGUCUGGCUGCCGCCGCCGGGCUUCGAGGUCGAGAAUAACGAUGCCGGAGACGGGCAGCUGGUCUUCCCGGUUCCGGUCAUCGACUUUUCGGACCCCGACGAGGCUGCAGCAGGGAAGCUAAUGGUGGAGGCUUGUGAGACGUGGGGCGUGUUCCAGCUGGUCAACCACGGGAUUCCCUUGGAGAUUUUGGCCGCCGUUGAGGCGCAGACCAAACGGCUUUUUGCGCUUCCGGCGAGCCGGAAGCUGGAGGCGCUGAGGUCUCCGAACGGGGUCAACGGGUACGGGCAGGCUAGGUUUGCGUCGCUGUUCGAUAAGAAUAUGUGGAACGAAGGGUUCACCGUCAUGGGGUCGCCGGCCGACCACGCUCGAAAGCUCUGGCCCGAUGAUUUCCAAGGGUUUUGCGACGUCAUCGACGACUACCAAAACCGCACGAGAGAGCUGGCCGCCAGACUCCUCGGCCUAAUCCUCCGGUCAGCCAACACCCCGGAGCAAGAAAUCCGGCGGAUCUCGUCUCCAUCCGCCACCAUGACGACACUCCAGCUCAACUCGUACCCGCGGUGCCCCGACCCGACCCGAGCCAUGGGCAUGGCUCCGCACACCGACACUUCCUUCCUCACCCUCUUAUACCAAGGCGGGGUGAAGGGGCUCCAGAUUUUCAGCGACCGCGCCGGCGGCGGAGGCGGAGGGUGGGGCAUGGUGGAUCCGGUCGACGGAGCCAUCACGGUGAACGUCGGCGAUCUGCUUCAUGUGGUUUCCAACGCCAGGUUUCACACGGCUCGGCACCGGGUGGUGCUGAGGGAGGCCAGGCAGAGGGUGUCGGUGGGGCUCUUCUUUGUCCCCACGCCGGACUGUGUCCUGUCGCCGUUGGCGUGCGGCGGCGGCGGCGGGGAAGGGGAAGUUUGUCGGUACCGGGCGGUGUCUGUGAAGGAGUAUAUAGGGCUGAAGUAUAAGGGUUUCGAGACCGUGCUUUCUGCCAUCACAAAAUAAUUAAUCCAGUUGCUGUGCAUAUAGUUUUAUUUAUUUGUAAGUCUGACAGUCUUUUACAUGUCCACUAAAACAUUAACGUUGGUAACUUGCAAUAUAAAAGAUUGUCUUAUUUUUGUUGGUAUAUAUAUACGCAAAAAUGAUGAAUAAGAGCGGACCGGAUGAUCAAAUCACUACAUCAAAUUAACGGUGCAAUCGAACAGUGAUACAAAAUUUUUUGGAUUAAUUGUGAUAAGAAGGAAGAAAAUCAUUAUCAACUUGGAGCAACUUUGGGAUGAAAUAUAGUUAUUUUUAAGAC